UCCCGCCCUCGAUCAGGGACCGGACUGCUUUUCGCAGCUCGCUAGAGGGGAAACGCUGGUCAAGCUGGAACCCCGGACCCAGUUUCUGACCCAGCCAGUGGCCACCGGUCCGUCGAGUUGACGAGGAAGCCCGUCGUUCCCGCAGCGCUUCCCUUGCUUUCAGCGUAGCAAGGCCCCGGUGAUCGUUAGUGUUUCCCCUCUUGGGCCCGUCGACAGUGUGUGUUGUCACUGUGGUUGGGGCCAAGUUUUAUGUUGUCCGUCGAGUGUGGUGCUGCACUGAGAUGUGGAAGUGGUGGUGCCGUGGAUGAUGGGAUGGAUGAAGGAUGGGGGGGAUGCAGGUGCUGUUUAGCCGUUUGCUGGGGCUGGCGCUUCUACAUCGGCAGGUUAGGAGAUGCCGGGAAAUGUACUUGGAGUCACAUACUGAAAGUGGUGGCAACAGAGGUACCAUCCCCUGGGUCGUACCAUCCCAUCGAUCCAUCGCCCGUCCUUGGCCGGGUGUCUUACCGCGCAUUUCUUGCUUUUUUGUCCUGUCGAUUUCUCCCAAUUGCCCAUGGCCCAUCGGCUCUGCCAUCCAAAUUCAGUCCCGUCAUCAAUUCUCCGUUUCUCUCAUCUUGUCUCCUUCUCACCACCUUUCCUCCCUUCCGCUUCCUUUUCCUAUCCGUCACCUUCACUUUCGCCAAAUCAUCGACACAUUUCAAUCAACCACGACCAACCCGGCCCCAGUCUCCUUCACCUCUCCCCUUCCCUUCUCCCGUCCAUCUCUCUCCACACAUUCGCUUCGUCGCCACCCAAAGGAGGAUCCUCGAACCCAUCCGCCGUGCCGACCAACAUCGUCAAGCUUCACAGAAUAGAAAUCCGCUUCCCGAUUAUCGUCACUCGCUUGCACCACCUCGCCCCUGGCUGACCGACGUACAAACGACGAAGGAUCCAAACCACAGUCCACUGAAACGUCGCUUUCAAGACCCAUCCUACGUAUACGAGAAUCUCGCUUCCUCCUAAUACAUACGCCCCAUCCUCCGAAGCCCGAGCC